AUGUCUGUGACACUCAAAGAAUGGACCAUUCCCUUGCAAAACCUGCAACUUGGCGAGAUGAUAGGUCGAGGAACAAUCGGAACUGUUUAUCGUGGCAAAUGGCACGGUGAGGUGGCUGUCAAACGGAUCGAUAUUUUGGAUGACAACGAUGACAAGGGUGCUAGUUUUUUGGUCGCCACUCUUCCCAAACUCCGGCAUGAUAAUUUAGUCCUCUUUAUGGGCGCUUGCACUAAACCUCCAGAUUUGGCUAUUGUCACCCAGCUCUGCAAGGGCGAGAAUCUCCACCACUUGUUGCACCAUCGGAGAUACUCCCUCACUCCCAAUCGAGUGAUAUUCAUUGCCAGUCAAAUUGCCAAGGGCAUGGGAUACCUCCACGCUCGACAGAUUGUCCACCGGGAUCUCAAGACCCGAAACAUUUUCAUUGAGGCCAACGACAAAGCUGUCAUUGCCGACUUUGCACUUUUCAAUUUUGUCAACUUCUGCAAGCUUGCCAAAUGCGGUAACUACGUCCAAGUUCCCCCCAAUUGGUUGUGCUAUGUUGCUCCGGAGAUAAUGAGGGCGAUCAACAUCUGCAAUCCGAAACACGAGUUGCCCUUCACUCCGGAAAGCGAUGUCUUUGCGUUUGGAACUGUCUGGUAUGAACUCCUCACCUGUGAAUACCCUUUCCGUGGACUUCCAACAGAUACAUUGGUCUACCUUGUGGGGUCUGGAAUUAAACCAACACUCAAAUUGCAAUGUCCCAGGGAUUUCAAGGAACUGAUGCGACAGUGCUGGUCUUAUCGUCCUCAAGAUCGACCAGAAUUCACCACCCUGGUCAAACAACUAGACCGGCUGCCGAAGCUACACCGCAGCCCAUCGUACCCUACUAAACCCUAUUCUGUCACAAGCAAUGUCUCUUCAGCACCCCCAACUGCGUCGACUAGUAUAUCGGGAAAUCUACCAGUGGGAGGAGGCGGUGGUAUUGCGGUUGGAGGGAAUGGGGAUGGUGGUGGUGGUGGUGGUGGUGGCCGGAUGUCAGGGAACCGUCUUCUAUUGCCCAUCCUAUUGGCCCUAUGA